UUUUCUGCAAGGCACAAUGAUCCGGAAGAAGGCCGCUCUGGUCUUCCUGGCGCUAUUCGGGAUAGUUAUCAUCACCCAGAACCUCCGCGCCGAAGUUUCCGAGGCAAGAUCCGGGACUCGGAUGGCUGAUAUGGAAUCCAAGACGAGGAAUGAAGAAAAAUUAGCUCUCAAAAGAAUACACGAAAUCAGUCGGAGAAACGCGGCUAGGAAAAACAAGGAGCGAUUGGCUGCAUUCAGGCGCAGGAACAGCUCCGAUCAUGAGGAUACCCCCCUGAUUUUCAUCGUCACCCCAACGUACCCUCGCCCCGCGCAGCUCGCCGACAUGACGCGUCUCUGCAAUACCCUCAUGAAUGUUCCGGACAUUCAUUGGAUUGUCGCAGAAGACUUCGACAAGGAAAACCCCAGACUCCGGGAGCUCCUCGAUUUCUGUGGCGUUCCUUUCACGUUUCUCAACGCUCGGACGCCGUGGAUAUUCAGAUAUGGCAAAGUUUUCGGCCGAGGUGUGUUUAAUCGGAACGCAGCUCUCGCGUGGAUCCGGCGAGAAUCGGCAGCAAUCCGAGGAGAUCGUCCAUCGGUGGUGUAUUUCGCCGAUGAUGACAAUGCCUACGAUAUUCGUCUCUUCGGGGAGAUUCGAAAAACGAAGAAGAUCUCCAUGUUCCCGGUCGGAUGCAUUUCGGGAACCGGAGUGUCGACGCCGAUUGUUCACAGGAACGGCUCUUUGCUUGGUUUCCACGAUAAUUUCUACAAGGAGCGGAUUUAUCCCAUCGACAUGGCCGGGUUUGCCGUGAACACCGAUCUCAUUCUCAAUUCCACAGCUGAAUUCGAGAGGAAAACAGGCUAUUUGGAAGAUCACUUCCUUCGGGACCUUCAAUUUCACAACGGGGAAAUCGAAUUUCUAGCCGAUAAUUGUACUCGGAUCUUAGUCUGGCACGUUAGGACGGAACCAGCGGAUCCCAUAGUGUCGGAGAAGGUGAUCAGUUCCCUGCAGCCCUUGAUCGAAGACUCGAAUCUCUCGGAACUUUUCGAAAACUAUGCAGUCAAUUGAAUGCUCUCGGUCCCGCUCUCGUGCGACAUAAUUCUACAAGCGAGAGAUAACUCUCGGAAGCGCUCGAAGCCUUGACUACAGUCAGUGCUACUCGUACGAGCAAGCAGGCGCUUAACACCGGCGGAAAGAUCCUGCGACGCUUCGAGAAGACCGUGUUCAAGCACUUGAAACCAUCCAGCG